AUGGCCGAAUUUUGGCUCCCUCAUACUGUCUGCGAAAGAACUGAGAGGUCCAGCAGAAAAAGUCACUGCCUCACCUGCCAUCUGCCAAGCUUGUUAACCUGGGUUGCAGAAGAUGGGUCGUCGGCCAGACAUCUGCGCUUCACCGGCAGUCAGUCCUCUCCAGCCGAAGCCAUACCACCGCAGAGGGUCGAAUUCCACAGGUUGAAGCGGGCCAGCGUGUCACCAAAUGGCCUCUACCUUCUCCUCGAAUGGCACUCUGGAAUGGAGGUGGAUAAGUCUUGCUACUUACUUACAAUUAAUUUAUGCAAGUGUUUAUUUUUUACACGGUCUGCUGAAUAA